AUGUCCUCCCCCUCACGUGUCACAGACGCUGACGUACACGCAUGCUCACGUACGCAUGCUUUUCUUUUCUCUCUCUCUCUCUCUCUCUCUCUCUCUCUCUCUCUCUCUACAGAUGUCGCAAACAAUAUUGAUGUUACAUAUAUAUAUGUUGUUUGUGUGUGUCGGUGUGUUCAUAUCUAUCUAUCUAUCUAUCUAUCUAUCUAUCUAUCUAUCUAUCUAUCUAUCCUAAUCUGUUCAUAUCUAUCUAUCUAUCUAUCUAUCUAUCUAUCUCCAUUUGCUUAUAUCUGGCUACCUUUGUAUCUCUCUCUACACGCCAUCAUCACCGAGGACGCAUCUUUACCUCUUGUCGACUCCUCCACCCACACCCACUCACGCAUCCAUGAACACCCCAACCCCCGAUCUAACGGCCUUCUUCACCGACUUUCCCCAAAUUUACUCUGGCACCUAUUACCGCCCUUUCUCCUUUAUACUCGGCGAAGGGCCAUCGCUGCUACAGCGGCAACACUCGUUGAAGUUCCCGACCCACUUCACUUGUACACAAUGUUCGGGGUACAAUAG